CCGUUGUCGAUUCUCCCGGCCGCGUGUGCGUGACCUGUGCAGUCCCGAUGGUUUCCCGCUCUGUCGUCGCGUGCUUCGUCUGCUUCUUCGGAGGAGCAUUGGGUAUAUCCCACCAGAGUAUAACCAAUUUGAAGAAUAUCCUCUUCAAGGACUACGAUGAGCUGGUCCCACCCAUCCUGACCGAUAAGACUGGCGUCGACGUCAGAUUCGGGGCGUCCGUCAUCAAUCUUCGCCUGGACGAGCUGAAGGGAGAAGCAAUCUGGCAUCUCUGGUACCGAGCUGUGUGGGAGGACGAACGUCUGAGGUGGGAGCCGUCGGAGCACGAUAACAUCACUGAACUGAGGGUUCCUUCGGAUCGAGUCUGGCUUCCCGACAUCACUGCUUACAACGAGGCCAGCGAGGACGAAUUCCGAUCAGCCCUGCACCAACAGCAUGCAUUCCACGUUGUCGUCUAUUCGAGAGGGGAGGUGUUGUUCGUGCCGAGCAUCACCAUGAAGACGUAUUGCCAGGAUGACUUGGUUGAUUGGCCGUUCGACGCACACGAGUGCAGCAUCAAGUUCGGGUCUUGGGUCUAUCAUGGGUUUCUUCUUGACCUCAAUCUCUAUAGUGCGACGGGGAAUUCCUUCGAGUUGGAUAAUUAUCGGGAAUCGCCGCACUGGGAGAUCGUGGAGAAGCCGACGAUGGUCCGACACGAAACGAUUUACUCGUGCUGCGAGGAGCCGUACGUGGAUCUCAUGGCCACCGUGACGCUGAUGCGGAGGCCGUCGCUCUUCUACAAGGGGACGCUCUUCUUCCCGGUCAUCGGAACGGCAUUACUGACCCUGUGUGCCUUGUGGUUGCCAGCAGGGUCAACUCAUCGACUCAUGUACUUCUUCCUGAACAGCAUCCUCCUCUUGAUUCUCCAGCUCUAUCACUCCUCCUUCAUCCCAAUCACCAGCGAAAAAAGCAUCAAGAUCAUGAAUUGCAUGAACGUCCUCCUGUGCCUUCAAGUUCUCGGCCUCCUCUGGUCCCUGGCGACCCUGCUCCUCGCCUGCUCCCACAACGGCUUCACUUCCAAACUGGUCCAGUGGGGUCGGGGCAUCCUGGGUCGGAUCUUCUGCCUCCCCGCAGAGACCCCCGAGAAGCUGCUGGACGAGGAGGAACAGGGCCGGGUGUGGAAGGAGAUCCUGGUCGAGCGCCCAGUUUUCCCGUUCCUUAAGAAAAGCGACAGCAAUCUAAUUUCAGCAGGAGGAGCAGUGGGUAUAUCCCAUCAGAGUGCAACCAAUUUGAAAAAUAACCUCUUUGAAGACUACGAUGCGCUGGUCCCGCCCAUCCCGACAGAUAAGACUGGCGUCGACGUCAGGUUCGGGGUGGCCCUCAUCAAUCUUCGCCUGGACGAGCUGAAGGGAGAAGCGAUCUGGCAUCUCUGGAAGCGAGCUGUGUGGGAGGACGAACGACUCAUGUGGGAACCGUCGGAGUACGAUAACAUCACUGUUCUGAGGGUUCCUUCGAAUCAAGUUUGGCUUCCCGACAUCACUGCUUUCAAUGAGGCAAGCGAGGACGAAUUUCGAACCGCCCUGCACCAACAAAAAGGCCACGUCCUCGUUUACUCCAGCGGAGAGGUUUUGUUCGUGCCGAGCGUCUGCAUGAAGACGUACUGCCAGGAUGACUUGGCCCAUUGGCCGUUCGACGCGCACGAGUGCAACAUCAAGUUCGGGUCUUGGGUUUACCAUGGGAUUCUUCUUAACCUCAGUCUCUAUAAUGGGAAGGAGAAUGUCGACCUGUUGGAUUACCGGGAAUCGCCGCACUGGGAAAUCGUGGGGAAUUCAACGAUGGUCCGACACGACACGAUUUACGACUGCUGUGUGGAGCCGUACGUGGAUCUCACGGUCACCGUGAUGCUGAUGCGGAGGCCGUCGCUCUUCUACCGAACGACGCUUUUCUUCCCGAUCGUCGGGGCGGCAUUACUGACCCUGUGUGCCUUGUGGUUGCCAGCAGGGUCAACUCAUCGACUCAUGUACUUCUUUCUGAACAGCAUUCUCCUCUUGAUUCUCCAACUCUAUCACUCAUCCUUCAUCCCAAUCACCAGCGAAAAAAGCAUCAAGAUCAUGAAUUGCAUGAACGUCCUCCUGUGCCUUCAAGUUCUCGGCCUCCUCUGGUCCCAGGCGACCCUGCUCCUCGCCUGCUCCCACAACGGCUUCACUUCCAAACUGGUCCAGUGGGGUCGGGGCAUCCUGGGUUGUAUCUUCUGCCUCCCCACGGAGAAUCCCGAGAAGGUAGGAACCUCCGCUUUGUCUGUCGCGGGAUGUGCUAAAGUGAUGACCCUCGAUUCCAUGGCAGCUGCUGGAGGACAAGGAGCAAGGCCGAGCAUGGAAGGAGAUCCUAGCGGAGCAGUGAACAUUUCCCACCAGAGUACAACCAAGUUGAAAAAUAUCCUCUUCCAAGACUACGAUGAACUCGUCCCACCCUUCUCGACUGACGGGAAAGCCGUCCACGUCAGGUUUGGGUUGGAUGUCCUCCAUCUUCGCCUGGACGACCUGAAAGGAGAAGCGAUCUGGCAUCUCUGGUAUCAAGCUCGGUGGCAAGACAAACGCCUCCAGUGGAAGCCGUGGGAGCACGCUUUUAUCACUGAUAUCCGGAUCUCUCCGGAUCAAGUCUGGCUUCCCGACAUCACUGCCUUCAAUGAGGCCACCGAGGACGAAUUUCGAUCCUCCCUGCACCAGCAGCGCUCUUCCAACGUCGUCGUCUACUCGACUGGAGAGGUAUGGUUCGUGCCGAGCGUCAUUAUCAACACGUACUGCCAGGAUGACUUGGCGCAUUGGCCGCUCGACGCGCACGAGUGCAGAAUCAAGUUCGGGUCUUGGGUUUAUCAUGGGUUUCUUCUCAACCUCAGUCUCAUUCACGGGGAUGACUCCUUCGACCUGAGGAAUUACCAAGAAUCGCCGCACUGGGAGAUCGUGGGGAAGCCGACAAUGGUUCGACAAGACACGUUUUACAAGUGCUGCGCGGAGCCGUACUUGGAUCUCACUGCCAGUGUGAAGCUGAUGCGGAGGCCGUCGCUCUUCUACAAGGGGACGCUAUUCUUCCCGGUCGUGGGAACGGCAUUACUGACCCUGUGUGCCUUGUGGUUGCCAGCAGGGUCAACUCAUCGACUCAUGUACUUCUUCCUGAACAGCAUCCUCCUCCUGAUCCUCCAACUCUAUCACUCAUCCUUCAUCCCGAUCAGCAGUGAAAAAACCAUCAAGAUCAUGAAUUGCAUGAACGUCCUCCUGUGCCUCCAAGUUCUCGGCCUCCUCUGGUCCCUGGCGACCCUGCUCCUCGCCCGCUUCCACAACGGCUUCACUUCCAAACUGGUCCAGUGGGGUCGGGGCAUCCUGGGUCGGAUCUUCUGCCUCCCCACGGAGACUCCCGAGAAGGUAGGAACCUUCGCUCAGUCCGUCUCAAGAUGCGCUAGAGUAAUGGCCCUCGAUUCUGUGGCAGGUGCUAGACGAGGCUCGGGACCGAGAGUGGAAGGAGAUCCUGAUCGAGCGUUUUUUGGACAGUAUCGCCUUUUGCGUCUUUCUUUUCAUUAUCGUCCUUAA